AUGGAAGAAGCAACAAAAAGGCUUGCAGUUGUAACGGGAGGUAAUAGAGGAAUUGGAUUUUCAAUAUGCAAACAAUUGGCUUCUAAUGGCAUCAAAGUUGUGUUGGCAGCAAGAGAUGAGAAAAAGGGUCUUGAAGCUGUUGAGAAAUUGAAAGAGCUUUCACUUUCUGGUGAAGUGGUAUUUCAUCAACUUGAUGUUACAGAUUCUGCAAGCAUUGGAUCAUUUAUAGAAUUCAUUACAAACCAGUUUGGUAAGCUGGAUAUCUUGGUAAACAAUGCUGCAAUUGUAGGAGCACAUAUAGAUGGAAAGGCUUUGGCUUCCUUAGGUGUUGUGGUAGAUCCUAGCCAAGUUGAUUGGACAAAAAUAUUUUCUGAAAACUCUGUAUUAGCUGAGAAAAGCCUUAGAACAAACUAUUAUGGAACCAAAGAAUUUACCAAAGCUCUUAUUCCCCUUCUUCAAUGUUCCACCUCCCCAAACAUUGUUAAUGUUUCUUCAUCUAUGGGAAGGUUGGAGAUUAUGUCGAAUGGACGGCCGAAAGAAGUACUAAGUGAUUUCCAAAAUUUAACCGAAGAAAAAAUAGAUGAAACUUUGAAUGGAUUUCUUAAGGAUUAUAAGGAGGGUUCACUAGAAAGUGAAGGUUGGCCUUUGGCAAAUUCUGCAUAUAUUGUUUCAAAAGUUGGUCUUAAUGCCUACACGAGAAUUAUGGCGAAUAAGUAUCCUUGUUUCUGCAUAAAUGCUAUUUGUCCUGGUUAUGUGAAAACAGAUAUGAAUCAUGGUAAUGGUGUUCUAACUUCUGAUGAAGGUGGUGAACCUAUUGUGAGAUUGGCAUUAUUACAAGAUGGUGCUCCUUCUGGUCUCUUUUUUUCUCGUAGCGAAGAGACAUCAUUUUGA